GCGAUAAUUUAUCUAUCAAUUCUAAAAUAAUAAUAAUCCAAAAAAAAUCGUGUUGCCGCUGUGCUCGUGAGAUGUUGCUGCUGCAACAGCCGCAGAAUCGUGUGGCCCAGUGUCAGUGAUUGAGAAAUACAUGCGACUGAACGUAACUCAGGAUGAUGCCAAGCGGAUUACACACAAGGAUUAAAUAACAAAUGGCGAGUGUCAGCGACAGCCAGCGACUGAUGAUGGAAAAAUCGAAUUGAACAACAAAUCACAGAAGCGGAGAAAACCAGAGAACAAGUGGAAAAGAUGAGAUUGAAAAUGCAAGCAGCUGCAGGAAAAAGCGAGAAAAACACGAAACCGCGGCUAGACCAAAUGGGAAACUUAUGAAAAGCACUAAAAACCGAGCAAGUGCAAGCGAGAAUAAAGGAACAAAAACAACGUCGAAAAGAGGAAAAUUAAAGCAACAAUUACCGGGAAAAUCGGGGCCAAGAACCCUGGAGAAUACACAAAAACAAUAAACGCUCUUAGAGGAAAAGUCGCGACUUAAAAACUACGCCAAAAAGGAAGGGAUUCCCAUUAAAUUACCCAAGAAAAAUGGAUACAUUUUUCGCUGCGGCUUUCCACCGGCAGCUAGUGGCUUUUCUUCUGGUCCUGGCCGCAGCUUUUCCACUGGGCCAAGGAGAACAGCACCCCGCAACAGCCGAUGAAGGACCUCUGUCUGAAAUUUUAACUGCCGUGGGUUCGGAGGUGGCUCUGCCCUGCGAUCUGCUGCCGGGAACAGGAAUCACUGAUAAGGCACAACUGGUCAUCUGGUAUCGCCAGGGAAAUGUCAAGCCCAUCUACACCUAUGAUGCUCGAGGUCGUCCCUUGGAACAGGGCAUUCCCUGGGCAGACGAAAGUGUCUUUAACAAGAAGGCCCACUUUCAGCAUGAUACGAGUCCCCCUGUCCUGAGGAUUAAGAACAUCCAAACCUCGGAUGCCGGACUCUACAAGUGCCGUGUUGAUUUCCACAGGUCACCAACCCGUAAUUGGCGUAUUAAUGUGACAGUGCUAGUGCCACCCACUCAACUGACCAUCCUGGACCAUCAUGGCGCCGAGAUACGGGACCAAUCGGCAGGACCUUAUUUGGAGGGCGACAGCAUCGACUUAACCUGCCUCUCCAGCGGCGGAGUUCCUCCUCCGCGGGUCUCCUGGUGGCGGGAACACGCCCUGAUCGACGACUCCUUCCAGGUCCUGCCCGAUGGCUCCGUUCGCAAUGUCCUGCGCAUCAAAAACAUCCAGCGGAAGGAUCUGCUAACGAUGUACACUUGCCAGGCGACCAAUGGCCAUGUGGUUGCAGCGCUGACCAGGAAAGUUAUCCUCGACAUGAAUCUUCCCCCGCUGAGUUUACUUCUGCAAGGACUAAAUCACGCCGUAAUUGCUGGAACCCGAACCCAUGUAACUUGCACGGCGAUAGGAGCUCGACCUCCGCCAGAAAUUAUUUGGUCAAAGGCGGGUCAGAUUGUACGGGGAGCCACGUCAUCGACCUCCUCGGAUGGAAAUACAACCAUUUCGGAACUUAUGCUGAUACCCGUUCCCGAGGAUAACGAACGACAGGUGGUCUGCUCCGUUUCGCUAAAUCCGGGGAUUACUUCCCAGCAACUGCAUGAGGGUCACACCACGGUGAUGACCACCCUGGGAAAUGGACACACAGGACUGUAUCUCAAGGAUUCCAGGGUGCUAAAUGUGACACAUGCACCAAUUGUCAACCUUAAUCUGGGAGCCCCCCUAGACCCGGAAAACCUUCUCAAAGGCACCGACGUCUAUUUGGAGUGCGAUGUAAAGGCGAAUCCCUCGAUUACCCGAGUGGAGUGGUACCACAGUGACAAGCAACUUCACUCCUCCCGUGGCAUCAUCAUCUCGAACCAGACCCUCGUCCUCCAGGGCAUUUCCAAGUCCUCGCAUGGCCAGUACUUCUGCAGGGCCAGCAAUCUGCAGGGCAGUGUGUCCAGCAACGAGGUCUACUUGGAUGUGAAGUAUCCGCCCGUUUGCAAGUCGGAGUCGACGAUUAUUCGCGCCGCGCUCAAGCAGACAAUCAACAUCACCUGCGAGGUGGACGCCAAUCCACUCGAUAAUCUAAAUUACAAGUGGCACUUCAACAACUCGCUGGAGAGCCUCAUCGAGCUGCCCCAGCUGCAGGCGGGCCCGGGGAUCGGGAUGAGUCCGGUGAUGCUGGCCUCCGGAUCGGAUUUGAGCGGCGGAUACUAUCAGCGGAGCAAGCGGAAGCACUCGCACGGAAUGCAGCAGCGCCUGCUCCACGGAAGGCACGGUCGCAUGGCGGCCGUGAGGUUCGAGGACGAGGACGAGAACGACGGCUACGGGGAGUUCGAGGAGUACGGCGAGGAGGUGGGCCAGCCCUUCACCCAGAUGGUCUACUCCAACAUGGUGCACAAGAACCACGUGGAGAACAGCAAGCAGCAGCAGCGGAAGCAGCUGUCUCCCCAGCAGCAGCAGCAGAUGCCAUCCGGCGGUUCGUCCGGAGACAUCCACCACGGCUCCUCCUCUUCGUCGUCCUCCUCCUCCUCCAUUGGAGGCCUUCAGCUGGCGGAGCGCAAGCGUUUGGCCGCCCUGCACAAGCAGCACCAUCGAGGAGGCGUGGUCACGCCUCCCACCACCACCUCGGCGCCCCCGCUGAACAACGUGUACAGCUACCACGUGGAGAGCUACGAGAGCUUCGGCGCCAUUUCCUGCGUGGCCAGCAGUCCGAUGGGCCACAGUCCGCCCUGUUGGUAUCACAUCCAGCCGGCAGAUCUUCCCGAACCAGUUAAGAACUGCACGGCUUUCAAUGCGACGGCCAACUCACUGCAAAUCCAGUGCAUUCCCGGCUACGAUGGCGGCAUUCCACAACACUUUCACGCCCAGAUAUACGACGAACUGAACCGCCAGAUCCUGUACAAUGCCUCCUACAAGUAUGCGGAGUUUACGGUAAAGCGUCUGCCUAGCGACUCGGUGUUCGUCAUCCGGAUAACGGCAGUGAAUGCCCAGGGACCCAGCAAGGUGGCAUAUCGUCUGCGAGGACGCACGCUUUCGGCACCUUUACUGCGGACAGCCUCAUCGACGGCGGUCCUCGUGCAACUGACACCCCUGCUGGGCGCCCUGGUCGGCGUGAUUGCCACACUUAUCCUGGUGGCCAUUUGCGUGGUGAUCGUUAUCAAAUUCCGGAGCAAGCGGGGCGGCAGGCGGCAUGGGAACGGGGCCGAUGCCACCACCACGGAGGCGGACAAGGGCAGUGCCGAGCCGCUGUCCCGCAACAUGGGCAGCCACUCCAGCCUCGAGGACAAAAAUCCGGAUGUGGUGCCCCAGGAGGCCAACAGCGAGGACGAGUUCCACCAGGAGGAGAAGGCCUUCGACCGAUUGAAUAUGGAAUCGCAGCGGAUUUUGUACACCCCGCCGACGCGGAUUAACACCGCCUCCCCGCCGCCGCCCUCGCUGUCGCCCACAUUUGGCAAACAGUACGGUGAACUCUCGCUAACCACGAACCCUGCCUUCAGCCUGUACAACACGCCCCAGCGCGCCCCCGCCGUUCAGCGACCCGUUUACACCGCCCCGCCGCCCCUUCUGUCCACGCGGACGCCCCCGAACAUCUACACCCGCAUUCCGGGUCGAGGGGGUGGUGGUGGCGGUGCAACGGUCACGGCGGCGGGCGGCGGAGUGGGUGGCUAUCACCUGCCGGCGUACGAGACCAGGACCUCGCCCACCUCCCCGUACGGAUCCACCACCACCUGCACGAUGCCCCUGCUGAGCGGCCAGUCCAACGGAUCGCUGCAGACGAACGGCAGUGGGCUGGGGGGCGUUGUCCUGGGCGGAGGCGGCGGUGGGGCGUGCAACACCCUGCCCCACCCGGGCAGCCUGCAUGUGGGUGGCAUUUCGGCGGCCUUGACCAGUUCGGUGACCAGCGGAAACAUCACCAUCGGAGCGGCCCAGUCGCUGCUCACAUCGCCGCGCUCGCAGACGGCCACCUACAGCACCACCCUGGGGAUGGGUGGGUUGAACGGCGUACAGUCACCACUCCUGAUGAGCGGCGGCGGCGGGAACUACGAAACGGUGAGCUCCUGAGAGUUAGCCAAAGAGGACAUCAAGUGCCAGAUCGUGUGCAUUGGCGGGAGCAGUACGUGCACCACCACCACUUUGGGCGCCGAGCGCACCACCAUCGUCUAAAAACAAAUAAUCAAGAUAGAUGCACUGAUGAGUAGUCAGAGGUAACUGAAUCCCAAAAUCUGUAUUAUAGUAGUUAAGCUGCAGUGAAAACUCGACAAGACUUCCAUGCAAAAGGAGCAGCGCAGGAGCAGAUGGAGAAUAAAUCGAAAGUGAAUCAUAUAUGAAUAGAUAUAGCCUGUGUGUACUGGAUUUAGCAUUGAUUUCCAAACCCGACUAACUGUAAACUGUAAACCGUAAACCACAAAGGAAAAGCAUUUAUUUAGUUUACUACUGUAUCUGUCUUUGUGCGCAAAAGAAAUAAGAAGGAUAUAUAACACGAAUACUUCAGUGAACAUAAUGAGCUAUGCUUGGGAAAUUAACGAAAAAAAAUAGUUUAACUUCAAACUAAGAGAUUUACCGGAAUCGCAACUAGUUAAGCUAUAGAUGUGUAUAUAUGUAACUCAUUUAAGGAUCAGGUCAGCUAAUACUUAAACUAGUUUAACGACUUAGCCACUUAAUGUAGCCUAAACUAAAUUGAACUUAGUUAGUCACAUUGCGAAUCUACGAAAAGACUAUCCCCCUGAUCAUAUAUAAGUAUGGUAAAAUUACAGAAUUUAAUGGCAUAUCUCUAUAUCGACAUAAUACAUAUAGCACAACACAGCAGCAGCAGCAACCCAAGAACAAAGGAAUCUGAAAUAGGCGCAAACUAUAUAUAUAUUAUAAACGAUACGAUACAAUACGAUAUGGUGUGGAAUGGAAUGGAUUAUACUUGUGUAUGUGCAUCGAAUCAUAUUUUGUUAAAUGUGGAAGGAAAUUUUAUAAGCAUCUGUUGUCGAGAACUUUAUCAAAUCUAUAUAAUACGAAUAUAUAAAUGAUCUGUAUGUAACUCCAUCAUAAAACCGCGCGCAAGUAAAAAAUAAAGAAAAUGUUCAAUGUGUCUCCGCCACCACCUGCCCAAAGAAAAGCCCAUUUUCCAAUUUCCAAUUCAACGUAGUCGCUCUAAGGUCGAACUUAAAGUUUUUCCCAUUUAAAGAUCACACCCCUCCCACCAUAAAAAAAACAAAACAACAUGAAAAGUGCUUCUUCAAUGACAAAAUCAAAUUGAAUUGUGACUCGAAUUAUAAAUUGGAAAAUCGAAAAACUUAAGAAUGAAAUUUAACCUUGGUUUAAACCUAGCAAUUAAGAACUUUCGACUCUACAAACAUAAACUUAGGUACAUAUAUAUAUUUUCUUAAUUAACCCUUGAUUUGUAAGCGAUUUGAAUAUUUAUUUUCCGUGCAAACAUCAUUACUUUUCAUUUAGUUCCCCUUAAUGUAAAGCAAAUGAAAACUUAAUAUUGCAAAUGAGCAAAAACAAGUGAAAAUAAGUGAACAAAAAAUAAAGAAGAAAAUGUGUAUAAAACUGGCUAGUU